CGCCCUGGAAGCGUUGGAAUUUGAAUCUCCGGCGGGCUGCGGCCGGAAACAUCAACCCUCGGACAGUAAUGGAGAUCCCAGAUCCCAGCUCGCGGUGCCCGGUGCGGGAGCAGCGUGCUCGGUGGGAGCGGAAACGCGCCUGCACCGCCAGGGAGCUGCUCGAGACCGAGCGGCGUUACCAGGAACAACUAGGGCUGGUGGCCACGUACUUCUUGGGGAUCCUGAAAGCGAAGGGGACUCUACGACCACCCGAGCGCCAGGCCCUAUUUGGGUCCUGGGAGCUCAUCUACGGCGCCAGCCAAAUGCUGCUUCCCUACCUGGAAGAAGGACACUGGGGACAGGGGCUGGAAGGCUUCUGCCACCACCUGGAGCUCUACACCCAAUUUGCAGCUAAUGCGGAGAGGUCCCAGACCACCCUACAGGAACAACUAAAGAAAAACAAGCGUUUUCGGAGGUUUGUGCACCUUCAGGAAGGUCGCCCUGAGUUUGGGGGACUUAAGCUUCAAGAUCUGCUCCCUCUGCCUCUGCAGCGGCUGCAGCAGUAUGAGAAUCUGGUUGUUGCUUUGGCUGAAAAUACAGGUCCCAAUAGUCCUGACCAUCAACAGCUCACACGGGCUGCCCGGCUGAUAAGUGAGACUGCCCAGAGAGUCCACAGCAUUGGUCAGAAACAGAAGAAUGAGCAGCACCUCCGGCGUAUCCAGGCUCUGCUCAGUGGACGCCAGGCAAAGGGACUUACUUCAGGACGCUGGUUCCUACGCCAGGGGUGGCUGUUGGUGGUGCCUUCCAGUGGGGAACCUCGGCCUCGCAUGUUUUUUCUCUUCUCCGAUGUGCUCCUCAUGGCCAAGCCUCGACCCCAGUUGCACCUGCUGCAGAGUGGCACCUUUGCCUGUAAAGCCCUCUAUCCUAUGGCCCAGUGUCAACUCUGCAGGGUCUUUGGCCACUCAGGAGGCCCUUGUGGUGGACUGCUCAGUUUGUCCUUCCCCCGUGAGAAGCUACUGCUUAUGUCCACAGACCAGGAGGAGCUGUCACACUGGUACCACAGUCUGACUUUGGCUAUCAGCAGCCAGAAGAACUAGAGGAAUCUUACAAAUUCAAAACUCAGAAUACUUCAGGGAUAGGUCAGAGCCAGAAGUACAAAGGAAUCUUCUUCAGCACUAAAAGUACAGAACCCUUCUUGGUUUGACAGGGAUCAUUUUAAGAAUCAGGAACCCAGGCUGGGGACAUGGUGGCUGGUGCUUAUAAUCCUAGCAACUCGAGAGGAUCACAAGUACAAGUCCAGCAUGGGCAAUUUAGCAAGAGACCCUGUCUCAAA